CGGAAGCACAUCAAAAUACGCAGGACGACACUCCAGCUGGGCUUCGGACAACAAAGAGAAAAACAGCAGGUGUGACUGCUCCCGUUUGCGCUGGCCGCCAUGCUCUGCUGGCGCUCCUGCGCCCGGCUGUGGCCCUGGCUCUGCACCCGCUCGUCUGCCUACACGCUGGCUCUGGGCCUCGGCUUCGUCACCAUGGGGACCAGCCGCACCGUGCUGAUGAAGCUGUCCACCAACGCCAAAGACAAAUACGACUUCCACCCUGCGUUUGUCAACCUGAUGGCGGAGGCGCUCAAGCUCCUCUUCUGCCUGGUCAUGUCGGCUCGGGUUCUAGUUCGAGAGGGACGAUCCUGUCGAGAGCUGGGCUGGACCUCCAGUACGUCUUUCCUGGCCUCCCUGAAGUGGAUGGUCCCCGCCUUCCUCUACUUCCUGGACAAUCUCAUCAGCUUCGACGUGAUGACCUACCUGCAGCCUGUCAUGGCCGUCUUAUUCUCCAACUUCGUCAUCCUGACCACGGCCGUGCUCUUCAGACUGGUCCUGAAGAGGCGCCUGUCCUGGGUUCAGUGGGCGUCGCUGCUCAUCCUCUUCCUGGCCAUCGUUUCCUUGACCGGAUCGGAAGGCAGUAAGAAGCCCGUCGCCGUGCACCACCUGCACCCGCACCCCUUCUCCACCCCGUCCAACUCCUGCCUGCUGUACAUGCAGCUGCUGGAGGAGAUGAGGAACAGCAGUGCCUCCGCCUCCUCGGCCUCGCCUCCGCCCGGCCAGGCCUGGACCGGCAUGAUGGCGAAGCUCCAGUCUCUGGGCGUGGGUCACAUCCUGCUCAUCCUCCAGUGCAUCAUCUCCUCCAUGGCCAACAUCUACAACGAGAAGAUCCUCAAGGAAGGGGAGCAGGAGAACAUCUUCAUCCAGAACAGUAAACUGUAUGCGUUCGGCGUGCUGUUCAACGGCUUGACGCUGGUGCUGAGCAGUGAGGUCCGCGGCCUCACCAAGCACUGCGGCCUCUUCUACGGACACAGCGUCUACUCCCUGGUCCUGGUGCUGGUCACAGCCGCCCUGGGUUUAUCCGUGGCCUUCAUCUUGAAGUUCAGAGACAACAUGUUCCACGUGCUGACGGGCCAGAUCACCGUCGUCCUGGUGACCAGCAUCUCCUUCUUCCUGUUCGACUUCCGCCCGUCGCUGGACUUCUUCCUGCAGGCGCCCGUCAUCCUGCUCGCCAUCUUCAUCUACAACGCCGGCAAGGCCGCCGACCCGGAGUCCCGCUUGCUGCCGGAGGAACCCUGGGUCCACAACAGCAAGGCGUCCAAGCGCUCGCCGGGGGACGGCGAGGACGGCGAGCCGCUGCUGGAGCCGCACUCGGACAGCGAAGCUGAGGCGUCUGUGUAGGACGACUGGCCGGCCGCCGCUGGUCCUCCUGUCGCAGCGCGGCGCCCAGAGUGUCCGCCGGGCAGGCGGAGCCUGCGGCGGCGCCGCUGUCCUCCGGGCGUCGUCAAACGUGCCUCUCCUGAGCGUCUGCUGUCGCCGGCCGGCAGGCGCUGGAGGAUAAUCACCGGGUCGGGAUCAACGAGGGUUAGUUAGUUUCUUCUGAUGAUUCCUGUCGGCCGUGUCGACGGUUCGGCUGCUGAUUGAAGGGAAGCCAUUUUGAAAACUGUUCAUUCAGUCUCAUGUUGAAUUGUUACGUAUCAAGAGACGCAGCGCCGACGGUCUUCAGUCUUUUCAUGGUUCACUGAGCAGAAAGCCUGGAGCGCUCCUCAGCAGCCCUGACUGGAUGUGGACCAGACCGCCGCUUCUCCACUCAUGCAGGGCAUUUCAGGCUCCAGGAACCAAUCGGAGUUCUCCUGGGCGUGGUUUACACGGCCACGCCUCGCCUGGAGAGCAGACUGAGGGUUCUGGAGGUACGCCACUUUUUGGAAACUACUCCGAAGACGGAACUUUGAUGCUUCAACCCUGUCUCCGUGGAAACGGAGGAAAGCGAAGCCGCCACUCGGCUGUUGUGAAUCGUUGUUGUGCACAUGCUCAGUAGAAGGACAAUAAUGUUUUCCUCCAACCGGAAGCGCCACCUAGUGGCCCAACAUGCAAACUGCAUCGUUUACAGUGAUCUGUGGUUUUCUAAAGAUUGUAAUGGAAAUUCUUUUCCGAAUCUAAAAGGUAAAAAUGAAGCAUUUUCACUUGAAAUGUUGUGUAAACGGGACCUGGAACCGACUCCUCGGUUCAGUUUCUCAUGACGCUGUAAUUUUGUUACGUGCACUAAUUUUGAAAAAGUGAACCUUAAUUUUUUUAAAUACGACUUUGACUUGAAGUUAAACGUCCUUCCGGUCGUCGUCUCCGGAUUGAAAAGGCGACGGUCCAAUAAGGGAAGCACAGCUGAUCAUUUUCUUAUUACCUGUGAAGUGUUCUUCUGUGGCCUGUCGGCCGAGAACCCAGAAGACCGAACACAUGGGACUGCGUUCCGUCUGAGCUGCAGAGACAGAACGUCUGAGCGGUGCUGGUUUGAAAAUACAGCUGAACUCUGUCAUUCCUGUCAACCUCUCUGGAAGCAACAUGUUUACAAUAAACUGCAGGUGUCUCGGUCGAU